AUGGCAGUAGCCGCACGUGCGACUGUUCAAUCUCUUGCUAAUAAGAUUGACGAUAAUGAUAUAAAGUUAACCGCGAGUCAAAAGCCUCACAUACGUGAACAUCCAUUUCUGAAAGAAUUUGUUACCAGUGGUUUAAGUGUAUCUGUUGCUAAUGUUGUGACACUACCAAUUGAGGUGUUGAAAGUACGUUUGCAAUUAGCAAAUGCAGCGAUGACAACGUCAAAAUCAGCGAUGAAAGCAGGUCUGAUCGAAACAACACAAAAAAUCUAUCAAAAGGAAGGUGUUCGAGCAUUUUAUUCUGGUCUUAUGCCGGCUAUCGUUCGUGGACUUUUCUACGGUGGAGUGCGACUUGGCGCUUAUGGGCCCAUAAAGAAUAUUCUUAAACGUUUUGUCACCGAUGAUAAGCAAGCAACGGUGAAAUUCGUUCGCAAUGUUGCUGCUGGUUGUUUGUCCGGUAGCAUAGCAGCUGUAGCGUCGAAUCCAGUUGAUCUAUGUAAAACAAAGCUUCAAGCAAAAGAUUCACCAUACAGAUCAUCAAUGCAUGUGAUAAAAGAUGUCAUUCAACAUCAUGGAAUUAAAGGACUAUGGGUUGGUACUGUACCGGCAGCUGUACGAACAGCUGCACUUACAGCAACACAAUGUGUGACAUAUGAUCAUGCUAAACGAUUUUGGAUACAAAUUACUGGUUGGGGUGAAGGAAUCAAUUUACAUCUAGGUGCAUCAUUGAUCACUGGACUUGUUACCACAACAAUAACAGCACCACUCGAUACAAUCAAGACGAAUAUGUAUGCAGCAGGAGAUUCUGGUGUUAUGGAACUGACUAACAAAAUUGUUCAUAAAGAAGGUUUGAGAGGCCUGUUACGUGGAUGGUCAGCAGCGUAUGUCAGACUUGGACCACAAACAACGGUUAUCUUCCUUGUUAUGGAAAAAUUACGUCAGUUUUCUGGCCUUACAGCACUAUAA